UGGGUAGUAUAUGGGGCUUUGGUGACAAAACGGAUUGCACUGUGAUAGACUGCAUCCAAUUUGUUGAGUAGGGUAUUGGAGGCUAUUUUGUAAAUGAUCGCCAAAGUCGAGGAUUGGUAGGAUGGUCAGUUUUACAAGGGUGUUUGGCAGCAUGAGUGAAGGAUGCUUUGUUGCGAAAUAGGAAGCCAAUUCUAGAUUUAACUUUGGAUUGGAGAUGUUUGAUAUGGGUCUGGAAGGAGAGUUUACAGUCUAACCAGACAACUAAGUAUUUGUAGUUGUCCACGUAUUCUAAGUCAGAGCCGUCCAGAGUAGUGAUGUUGGACAGGCGGGCAGGUGCGGGUAGCGAUCGGUUGAAGAGCAUGCAUUUAGUUUUACUUUUAUUUAAGAGCAAUUGGAGGCCACGGAAGGAGAGUUGUAUGGCAUUGAAGCUUGAAAUAAGUAUGACACCAAUGCAAUUCUAAAGUCUAGUGCAUCCAGUAUGAUUUCAACAGAUUUUUGUCAAAUUAACAAAUUAUUGUCUUUUGUUGAAUUUAUAUAAGAACAUUCCAACCUCGUUUGCAUGAUCUAUUCCAUCAUGGAAUGAUUCCACUAUUUGUAUUAUUUGCAUGACUUUCAUUGACUUUUAUUUUGAAGACAAACCGUAAAUUCCACGAUUGUGGCUAAUCCUUAUUGUAGCUAGCUUCACAUAGAUGGGUCUGACCACCAUUAAUCAAAUAAUAAUAUUUUAGACGAUGACACUUAGCUAGAUAGUUCGCUAGCUAACUAUAGCUACCGAAACAGAUUAUGUCGUUUUGCUAUGUUUUUGAGGAAGAACUUUGUUUGCCUCCAUCAGCUAGCUAGCUAGCUUUAUUACCACCAGCACUUUACCAGCGUCAUUAUUAUGUGAUGUAGUGAAAUUCGGGUCCUGAUUGGUCCCAAUAAGGGUUAGCCACAAUAGUGGAAUUUUGCGGUUUGUCUUCAUAAUACAAUCUCUCAAACAGCGUUCUCUAAUGAACCCUCUAUGCACCUUUAAGACCGCUCUUUCAAAGUCACCGAGAUCUCUUCUUGCCAUGGUAGCCAAAAUAGUGGGCAACUGGGCAUUUUUAUACAAUUUCCCAUUACCAGGGUUUUGUUAAGAAGGGAUACAGCUUUUGUCGAAAUGUACUUUUCAUACCAGGUUUAGGAGAAUCUAUGCAGUAGGUUAGGAGAAUUGGGUUAAGGUUAGCGAAAAUGCAAAAACCAACUUUUGACAACAACUGUAUCCAUCUAGACAUGAUGACCAUUUAUGUACGUACAUUUAUCCAAUAAGAGAUUACCAAAGGCGGAAGUGGCCAACAAGCGCGCUAUAUUUAUCUGCUUCUUUAUUGGACAACCCACUGAUGACGUAACCCCGCUAAACUCGAACAUCAACAAAACCUCCGCUGCAUAUUUUAGCACCUUGACCAGAGAUUCAACCAGGCAUGGUAAUUGAACUAACUGUAUUCUGCUGGUUUCUUUUGAAAGACUACAUUUAACAGAUGACUUCUCUGUAGUGCGAAAUGGAUUAUCAACGGCAUAUCACCUCACGUCCUUUGAGAAUUCUUUGCCUUUUUAAUCUGGUAUCCUCUGUAUUGUUGUCCAGCUGUCCUCAAAUCUGUGACCCAGGCUUCAUUAUUGACAAGUGUAAGUGUGUCCCUUGUCCCGAUGGCUACUACUGGUACAUGCAGAACGGCCUUCCGAAGUGUGACCACUGCAGCGAAGCCUGCUCAGUGGAUCAGCACUUGACACAGGUGAAGGAAUGCGGUCGGGACUCAAACCGCGAGUGCCACUGUGACAGUGGCUUUUUUUGUGACAACGCUGCCCAGUAUACCUGCAGGAGGUGUAAACCGUGCUCGCCCGGAACCUUCUCUAACAAACCAAACCUAACCAUGUCCUGCAAACCCCACACAGAUUGUGGCCAUAAGGGAAUGACUAUGGUGACAGAGGGCACUGCCACUCAGGAUCGUGUAUGUGCCCAGACCUCCCCUAACUCUCCUACAACCACUGCGCCUCCAACUGUCCACAGCUCAGAGAUAGGCUUUCAUUCUUCUACCUCCAGUGGAGUCAGCACCACCCGAAAACCCCUCAUCAUAGCAUCCCCAUCUGGCCUGGUGGGGUCUAAAUCUCCUGAUGCCUUUCCCAUAGCCACAAUUGACACAUCUGCAGACCCUUCACCAGCCUUACUCACCAGGCCUUCUUUGUCCCAAGCCCAAAGCGAGCCCUCUACCUCCCUCCCAACUAGGAAACAAGUCACUGAACACAGCUCCUUUGACCCCAACACAAUGCUCACCACCAGGAUAAACCCCAGCAAGGUGGACAGUAGCACCCCACCUGCAGAGUCUGCCUCUGCACCUCUUACCACAGAUGACAAUGACUCACCUCAUCUCACAUCAACAGAUACUAGACCGAGCCCAUCCACUCUCCCUUGGCUGCUGCUGAUAGGUGGGCUACUAGGGGUUGUCGUGCUGCUGGUUGUUUACUUUGUCCGUUGUAAGGAGAGGUCACUGAAGUCCCUAGACAAGUGGAAAGGUCCAGUAUUUGGUAUAAAUAUGGCUUCCUAUAUACAGGCCCAGCCACCACAGGAGAGUUGCCCAUACCCGGAGGCCCAGCAUCUUCUGGGGAGUGAGACUGGGGGAAAUCCUAGACAGGAUGGUGCAGGGUUGCUACCUCCAGGGGUCAUGAAGCAGGUCACAGUGGACCACUCUGGUGGAGAGAACAUUAGCAACACAGUGGGGUCUAUUUACAUCUACUCUCCGGGGACGGUUGUCCUGGGAUACAACAAGUCAGAGAGGAAGGUGGAUCAAGUCGAGAGUGGGGUAGAGGGCUGUCCCCUCACCAGAACACCCCAGCAGGAGUCCUCCUGCCCCCUCCCUGAGGACCCUGCUCUGGGGCCAGAGAGAAUGAGUACACAGGAGGAGACCUGCAAAGAGCUGAGAUACCCCAUCCCGGCCACCAGCAACUGAGAACUAGAACAAAAUGGAAAUUAAGGAUUAACUAUGGAAAAAGCCUAGGGAGGAGCAACUUCAUUCAAUAUCAUCUAUCAUCUCUAGGGGAAGAAUGCAGGCAGAUUAUUAUUUGCUACUGUAAAGACUGUUAGACUGGAUGGCUUCCUUCUGUACAAGGAUUGCCAAAGCCACUGGGGUCCCUCAUGGGUCUUCUAUUAUGAAAGAGUGACAGUUUGUUCCAACUGUAUGUAAUAGUCUUAGCACGGUUUCAAAUUCACUGUAAGUCACUGUUGUGACAGCAUUGCUGGGACAGUUUGUGAGAGCAAUGCAUGGUCUGUUUGAUAUGGGGUGUCAACACUGUGAGUCGGAGUUUCCCAUCAUAGGGUACAUGUACACAAUGGCGCCAGAUAGUGUGAGAGUCUACGUGUAUCAACCACAGAAACAGUGAAGACAAGAAAUUAAUAUGAGGUGGGAAGUAACCUAUAUAACAAGUUGGGUUUGGCGUGUGAAGAGCUUACAAUUUCCAUUGUAAAGUAAUACAGGGACUGUCUGGACAAUUUAAACUCAAACAUAGCCAUGUUCACUGGUUAUAACUUUUGUUCUGUGAAUUUAUGAUCAAGACAUUGCUAUGUACAGUAGCCUACAGAACGAAGACAGAAGAAAGAUGAUUUUAUAACAGACAAUAGCAAUCUGUUCCAGUCUAUUCCUUGACAUAAAUGUACACAAAUGAACAAACGAUGUCAAGUCAUCUCUUUAUGGUGAAACCACUUAUGUAGUUGACUAUGACUAUGUGCAGCCAAUCACUGUCUUUUAAUCAUGCAGAACAAUUGUAAUAUUUAGUCUGUUUGACAAACGCAUGUGACGUAGGCUAUGCCAUAGCAUGAGCGGUUUGAUUACCCCAAUUUUCUUUUAUCCUUCUGAAAUUGUAGAACUUUUUCAAGCAAGUAUUUACUGACAAAACACACCAUUUACGAUGAGGAAUGAAAAAUGGUAUCUCUUUUUGUAUAGUAGUGGUGCUGAAAAUGGUGACUCAACAUUUUGUGGUUAACAUACCAAAUUUGGCACAGAUGUAGAUGCCCAGUGCCUUCGAAAAGUAUUCAGGCCCCUUGACUUUUUUUCCACUUUUUGUAACGUUACAGCCUCACUCUAAAACAUGAUAUAAAAAAAUCCUCAGCACUCUACACACAAUACCCCAUAAUGACAAAGCGAAAACAGGUUUUUAGAAAUUUCUGCAAAUGUAGGGGUUAUUCGGCUGUCCGCAUAGGAUAACCCUUUUUGGUUCCAUGUAGAACCCUUUACCCCCGACAUGGGACCCAAAAGGGUUCUACCUGGAACCAAAAAGUGUUUUACCUGGAUCCAAAAAGGGUUCUUCAAAGGGUUCUCCUAUGGGGACAGCCGAAGAACCUUUUUAGAUUCUAGAUGGCACCUUUUUUUCCCCCGAAUAGGGUAGUCCAUAGCGUUCUAAAGUUCGAGCUAAAAGUCUGAUGGCACCAGUUGCCAUAUCGCCUAUAACUCAAUCGCAAAUUUCUCAGCCUCUGAGUAUCACAGAAACACAAGACUCUGAAUGAAAAA